AUGGUCAAGUCCCAGCGAAUGCGUGUCGCCAACGAGAAGGCCUCCAAGAACGUUACCCAGCGCGGCAACGUCCCAAAGAGCACGAAAAGCGUCGAAGACAAGUACCCGGUUGGACCAUGGCUGCUCGCUCUCUUUAUCUUUGUCGUCUGUGGCUCUGCACUUUUGCAGAUCAUCCAGAGUAUUCGAAUGGGCUGA